AUUUUUCCCGCCCCAACAAAUUUAAAACUUUUGUAUUUCUCCCCCUAUUUUUCCCAGUCCCGGUGUUUUCUCUGUACUCUUUCAAACCCUAAAGAUACCAUAUUUCAUCUGUGUUCAACCCUCUUAAAAAUUCGAAUCGAUUUAACAUGUUGCAAAUAUAAAUACGUCAUAACAUAUUUUCUCUAAUUUUCGGCAUAAAUUCAUUUUUUCAAAUCAAAGGUCAGUACUCUGAUUCAGUUAUCUUAUUUGUUGUAUCAUUGAUUUCUAGUUAGGGUUUCAAAAUCAAAUCAAUUUUCAGAACCGAGUAGUAGUCAUUUAUUAGAUACCAAUAAUGGGUGAAAAUAAUUCUGGGAUAUUAUAUAAGAAGGAAACUCGUAAAGCACUUGGAGAUAUGACAAAUCAAAUUGGGAAAAGAAAAUUUCAAUCAAUUUCUAAGAGUAGUAUUAACAUUACUCUCGGUACUGAUAUAGAAUAUGACACUAAUUUUCUGAAGCAAGUUGCUAUAGCGGUUGAAAUUUUUGAAAAAGAAAAUAAAAUUCAAAAAUUCCCUAAAUUAAGUAAUGAAAUUAAGUUAUCUCCAUCAAAAGGGGGUGAAAAGUAUCAUUUACUUAACCCUUCAAUUGAUUCUCGAAAAGAUUUACACAAUGCCAGGAAAGAUAUGAAGGAAAAUUCUAAUUCUGUGCUGGAUAGAAUAAAUUUGUGUGUUGGUAAUGAGGGUGGUGAAAAAUUGAAAGAAAGUGGUGUUUCGGGGGUGAAAAUCGGUGAGAGGCUGAAAUGUAUCGAAAUGGUAUGUGUUGAUGGUGAAGAAGCAGUUGUAGUUUCUGAUGUUGCUGAAAAUGAGGGUAGUUAUGAUGUGUUGGGUACUCAAAUUGUGAGCGACAGUGUUGGGAAUCAAAGUGUUGAUUGCUUGGCUAAUAGUAAAUGUGAUAUGAAUUUGAAUUUGAAUUCGAAAUUGGUCGAGUCUCAGGAGAUGCAAGGGUUCGGAUUAGAGAGAUGCAAGUUGUUGAAAAGGGAUGUUGAAUGUAUCGAUUCAAACCCAAUUAAAGAUUGUUCAUGCUCGUUUUGUUCUAAAGCUGCAUUUAUUUGGUCUGAUCUGCAUUAUCAGGAUGUGAAAGGCCGGGUUGCAGCAUUGACAAAGAGCCAAAAGGAAGCGAGCAAUCUGUCUCAGGAGUAUGCCGUGGAAAAUGUAAAGGGAGGACAUUCCUCAGGGAACUUCAGUACUGCUGCACAGUUGGAAAUUGAUCUCAGCCAUAAGUGGAGUUCCCUUUUUCUUCACAUGGUUGAUACAUAUAGAACUGAAGGCAGCCAACUACAAAACAAUUUCCUUGCUUUGAAGGAAAUAAGAGGUGACUACAAGAUGAAUUAAGAGCUGAAUGGAAUGCCAUUUGAUGUGGUACAAUGUUCCUCUGAUGCUUCUGAAUUAUGAUCAGAUCACAAGCUAGGAAGUUUGAUCUGUGCAGGUGUGGCCUUUCCCUUCUCCAAAUCUCAGUUUAGGACUGUUUUACAGCUUAAAUCACAUCCUUGUGCUAUUAUCAUCAAUAUAUCAGUAGUAUCUGUAUCAAUGUAAUUAUACAAAGAGACUUUUGCGAGUGACCAUUUGCAAAAGUUGUUUUGGGGAGUUCAAUGCGAUGCAAUGUGAUUUUUCAUGAACCAUCUUGUUACCCACAUGCUCAGCUGUUAAGGUUCUCAAUGUUUUGGAUGUGUUAUGAAUUGGG